AUGGGAGACCACGUCCUCUUCUUCUACGGAACCCUCAUGGCGCCCCAAAUCCUCCACAGGGUAAUCCACGGCCGCCCCGACCCCGAACCCUGGCAAAAGGCCAUGCUCACCUUCAAACCGGCUAUUCUGCACGGCUACCAGCGGCACCGUGUGCGCGGGGCCGAUUACCCAGGCAUCGUGCCGAGCAAGGACUCGAUGCACGCGUCCGUGCUGGGGACGGUGGUCUCGGGGCUGACGGACGGGGACGUGCACCGGCUGGAUAUCUUCGAGGGGUCGGAGUAUGUCAAGGAGUGCGUGGGUGUGCGGGUGUUGAUGGAGUCGUUGAGCGUUGGGGGGCGGCAGGAGGCGAGUAUUACCAAGAAUCCGGACCGGCAUCUGAAGGAUGUGCUGGAUGCGGCGGGGGCAGAGUUUGCGGAUGAGAGGGAGGAGGUGCAGGCGAUGACCUAUGUGUAUGUGGCGGGGGAGGAUCGGCUGGAGGAUGCGGAGUGGGACUUUGAGGCUUUCAAGCGGGAUAAGAUGGCGUGGUGGGUGAAUGCGGAUGAGAGCGAAUGGUGA